AUGGUCAAAGUAGCAGUCGCUGGAGGAACAGGCGCCGUAGGCAAGGCACUUGCAGAUGUUCUGGCUGGCCAGACUAAGCAUGAGGGCAUUAUCCUCACACGAAAAGACCCUGGGGAGAAAUCUCUUCCGUUACCCCAGCAUACCGUUAAUUACGACGAUGUCAGCUCACUGACUGCAUUUCUCGAAGAGCAUGACGUCCAUACUAUCAUCAGUGCGUUCGGCAUCAACGGCAAAUCUCUCGCAGUCUCGCAAAGCAACCUCAUUCAAGCUGCAAAUGCCUCAAAGGCCACUAAGCGAUUCAUUCCAAGUUCAUUUGCUACAGCAUAUCCUGAAGAUGGUCCUCAGAUUCUCCCUCCGCUUCAAGCAUACUUUGAUUCUCUGGAGGCAUUGAAGUCCAGUGACCUCGAGUGGGCCGUAGUCCACAACGGAAUUUUCCUGGAUUAUUACUUUCCAGAUACCUUGCAGUCGUAUUACGACCAUACUACUUUGGUCGUGGACAUCCCCAAUGGUGCCGCCGCGAUCCCUGGGACUGGUAAUGAACGCCUCACUCUUACGUCUAUCCAUGACUCGGCGCGUUUUGUUAUUGCAGCACUCGAUCUCCCGGAGUGGCCACGCGAGCUCCGUGUUGUCGGCGAUACCCUAACAUACAACGAGCUUGUCAAACUAGCAGAAGAAGCUCGCGGUGUCAAGUUCGAUGUCAAGUAUGACGAUCUCGAGAAGUUGAAGAAGUUCGAGGUCUCCGAGUUACCAGGGCAUCGGAAUGACUACAAAAGAUUUCCAAAAGAUGUCCUAUUACCUUUCUUGUCCAUUUUUGAGCGAUGGACCGCUGAGGGGCUUUCCGAGAUCAAGUUUGAGGGCUCGCUCACUGAGAAGUUUCCUACGAUUAAGCCCUUGAAGGUCAAGGAAUUAAUGGACAAGUAUUGGAAGGUUUAG